CCCCAGAUCUACAGACUAUACCCUCUCCAUACCAUCCACCAUGCCCCGUCCACAUAUCUGCGUGAGAUGCCGCAAACCUAAGCCCGCAGAGGAGUUCAAAAGCCAGGACGCGAAGGCUCCGUUCAAGACUUGUCUUCCUUGUCGAAUGUAUUUUCGGAAACAUUAUUCUUCUAGAGGGCGUUUACCUCGUUUUCAUCGGCCAAGUGUCCAUUCUCAGGAAGAUCAGGAACAACAGCAACAUAGCACCGAUGAUUCCCGUGCUGAGGUUGGCGAAUCCCAAUCUGAAAGAGGCCAGGCUGCUACUAGCCCUUCGCGCAAUAUGCCUCGUCCUCUCCCACCUGGCCGGGGAAAGAAUAAUUCUGAAACUCAAAAUCCGCGCGAUCCCGGGUCUACAGUCCCCCAACCCCAAUCCCAUCAGCCUCCUUCACCUCAUCCUGAACCGCAACCAGACUCCCAUCAAGGACCAGAGCAUAACUCUGAUACUUGUGCGGCGCAAUCAGAACAAGCCAAUUCCAUUAUCCACCAGUUCGCAGACCCAUAUACCCUGUCUCUUUUCGCUCUUCCCCAACUUGACCCUGACCGCUCGUGUCCUAUUGACGGUUGUACAUCUUGUUUUACAUACUCCAUACGCGUAUAAUAAGAUUAAGCGGAAAAAGAAUCCUCAUUUCUGUCCAGCAUUGAUAUCUCCAGUAUCUGAUAUUGACGUGAGUCUCUGAAGAGGAGGAGGCUACUGAAGAGAAACAACAAGAUAUUCAACAUGGACUCUAUUACAUCCUUUGACUCAUAAAUGUGUUAUAUAGCAAUAAUAAACAGAGAUAAUAAACUAGAUAUGAU